AUUCAAUCCAAGUUAAAUGUGUUCUCUUGUCAAUCGAAAACUUAAAACUGUGCUAAUGUCUGGAAGCACAACAUUAAACUCGUAUGAAUAAAUUGUUAAAAGCUGGGCAGCAAGAUUGUCUGAUUGUUGCAAGUUUCUUUUCGAUUCAAUAACCGCUCAUUCACGUGUUUGGUUUAAAUUUAAGGAUCAGAAAGCGCUAUACAGCCAUUGAAGCUUAACAGUUUAUUCUUUGAAAAGGCAGCCAUGGAUAUAUUUGAGGAACGAAAUCAGGCUGUUAAUGGUUGGCAUCGUCGUCGCAUGGCUAGGAUUCGCGAUGUGAUUGGUCCGGCACCAAGAGAUCUUCCUCGGCAGGUCAGACAUGAACGCAUCAACGUGGAUGAGGACCAUCUGAGUUUUAUGUCAAAUGACCAGAACAAAGUUGGUCUAUAUGUUGCUGCAAAGCCUCUGUCUCCAGAAAAUUACUAUUUUGAAAUCGAGAUUGUUGACACUGGGGCAAUCUCUGCUAUUGGCAUUGGCCUGGUACCCUAUAAGUACCCAAUGGAUUCUCAGCCUGGAUGGCGACAAUUCUCCGUUGGAUACCAUGCUGACGAUGGACAGUUGUUUAAAGCUAGUGGAUUUGGCCGUCCAUUUGGUGCUAAGUGCAAUAUUGGAGACAGAAUGGGCUGUGGUGUUAAGUUUAAGAAAAGUGAAGAGGACCGCCAGCAAGUUGAACAAGCAGUUCAGGUGUUCUUCACCAGAAAUGGCCAGGAGGUGGGUACAGUGACUGUUCCCAAUCCCCCGGGGGGCCUUUACCCGGCGGUGGGGAUGCACUCUGACGGGGAGGAGGUGAGACUGAUACUGGACGCAGAGUGGCAGUAUGAGGAGCUCAUGCACAUGGCAGUGGACAGUGGAGAGGAGGAGUGGCUCCGACUGCAUGACAUCAAGCUAAACGGAAUGACUUUGGAGUAUUCUGGUAGAGGGAAAAGUAUUCAUGAUGUAGGUCUUGCACAAGCCAAAUACCCACUGGACACCAAAAACCAUUAUUUUGAAAUUGAAAUUGUAGACCCUGGGGAGAACUGUUAUAUUGCCAUUGGCGUUGCAAGGAGGAAUUACCCCAAAGAUCGACAUCCUGGUUGGAACAAAGGCUCAAUUGCAUACCACGCAGAUGAUGGUAAAAUAUUUGUUGGUUCAGGUAUUGGAGAUCCUUUCGGUCCAAGAUGCCAAAAAGGUGAUGUGAUGGGGUGUGGUAUCAUGUUCCCGCCAGACUAUGACAGUGAGGUGGACAGUGAUCUCUCCCCGGAUGAGACAGAGGAGUCCCAGGAGAGAGUGGUUGACCAUGACAACCUCUACAACCCUGAGACAGAUUCUGAGGAUGAUGAUUGGGCCAACUACGUCAAUAAGGAACCUGAAACAGGCACAAAGGUUCAGAUCUUUUUUACACAGAAUGGAAAAAUAAUAGGGUACAAAAAUGUGACAAUACCAAAAGGAGGAUUUUAUCCAACUGUUGGAAUGCUAAGCAGCUGUGAAAAAGUACGCGUGGAUUUGAGACCUCUCACUGGAUGAGACCCAUUGCCCAGAUUACAGACAGACAAGUGUGAACAAAAUGUGUCUUGUUCUGAUAAAACUGGGCAUAAUGCAUGUGCGUAAAGUGUCGUCCCAGAAUAGCCUGUGCAUUCCACACAGGCUAAUCAGGGACGACACUUUCCGCUUAAACUUGAUUUUCGGUAAGAAGGGACCUCCUUCAAACUAAAAAUACCAUUAAAGCUGAAAGUAUCGUCCCUGAUUAGCCUGUGUAGACUGCACAGGCUAAUCUGGGACGGCACUUUACGAACAAGCAUUAAGCCCAGUUUUCUCAGAACAAGACACAAAUAGGCUAAGUAAAAAUUAUGUGACCGAUCAAUAAUUAUUUACAAUAUUUUGUAAUUACUUUAAUAACAUAGAACAUUGCAAGUUUUUUUUACAAAGUAGAUUUUUUUUUUCAAAAAUACAAUCCAAUGAUGUAUUACAAAAUGAUUAAUAAAGUAACAAUUUGUGGUUCCAGUAAGUACUGUUGUUAUAAUUGUUUUAAAAUUGACAGUUUGGUUUGAAGACCUGUAAUUUUUAAACUGUGAUACCAGAGAGUUAUUUUUGAUUAACUUACAUGUUGUAAAAAUUGUAUUCAGAAAAAUCUACACCAGCUUCUCGGAUUUUGUUUACAGCUAUUUUGAGUUGUACAGUAUUAUAUAACAUGAGCAAAAUAUUUGUUGUCAGGAUGUUUGUUGAAGCUUUUUGACAAAGUUGAUAUUUUUUAUGUGAAACUGUAUAAAUCAAUUACAUAAAAUACUGUGACAUAUGACAGUUUCAGACAGUUUGUUCUGGUGUCAAUGAUUUGUAAACAGACAAAAUGGACACAAACCAAUUUGAUGUUCAAAGCUUGCUAUAAUUUUACAAUAUUAGUUUUCUUAUUAAUUAACACCAUGCAGCAUGUUAUAAUAAUUUUCAGUAGUUGUAAAUAAUUUAAUCAAGGCAGAUCGAAGAAGAAUAUAAAUAUAUACAUACCGAGUUCUCAGCACUGUAUGGUUUUUAGCAGCUAACUAGUACAGGACUUACAUUGUAUUGUGAUAAUAUUGUAAUGAAUGAUCCAUUGAUUGACUGAUGGACUGAAAUGAUAAAUUAAUACUUCACAACA